AGUAGGGAAGCUUGACUAAAAAAGGAAAUGAACGUUCAGGAAUUCCUUUCUCUCUAGCUCAGUCUCGGCGAUCUAAAUUUAUCCACUUCCUCGUUCUGAAAUCCAUAAAAGCCAACACUGGUUGAAAGUCACUUGAGUUGAAGUUUUUUUAUCCGAAGUGUGCAACCUAUGAGUACAAAAUGAAAUUGUGCACGCUGGCUGCUGUGACUUUUGUCGUCAUCCUGACACUGGAUGUACUCGGUCAUUGUGAGGGAUGGUGGGGCUCCAGAAGUAGUUCUCGAAGUUCCAGUUCUGGAAGGAGAUCAUCAUCGUCAAGGACGUCUAAUAAACGGAGUGGAAACCAAAUAAAGCACGGAAAAACCGGUAUUCGUGAUAGAGAUGAAACCGGCCACCGUACAGGUCUUGGUACUCUCAGCAGAAAAUUGAAAGAACAGCCAAUCAAAACGAUCCAAGCAGGUUGGGAAUUCGCGAAGAGCUAUGGUAAGAUGCGGGUAGAAAACAAGAUCAGAGGAAACCUUGCAGCACAUCAAGAGGCCAACCGCGAAGCCACCAAAAAGUCCGACGCUGAAACAGCAGCAGCGUUGAGUGCUCUGAGGGAGCAGUAUAAGAGACAUGGCGACAAAAAGAACCCAGAUGGCACUGGGCAUAUUGGAGAUACAAGGACACAGGAAGAAAUCGACGCAGUGAGGGAUGCAAACAAACAGGGACGAGAAGAUGCUAAGAAUAAGAAAGAGAAAGGAGAGACCCCUUAG